AUUGGGAUUUAGCCUGUUAGGCUUAAGGGCACCCUCCAUACUUGACACCCGUUGUGUACGUAUCGUACGCUCAUAUCGCUCGGCGCCAAGACUUGGGCCUUCCAAACAGGAAGUCGCGACUGUCCUGCGGCAUCUCCGGGCCGACUUGCUGCUGGAACUUGGAACUGCAACUGUUACCCCCGACCUCCUACCAAGUGAAUGUCAAGUGUCUGCAUCAUCACUGCAGCCCCCAAGGAUUUGGUGGACAACCAUAUCGGCUUCCAGGGUCCCUGAUCAUGAGCUAGGCCUGUACCCAUGGGCUUCCUCUCCGCUUUGUCAACGUUCGCCUCCAUCGCCCUCGUAUAUCCCGUUUAUUAUGUAGCGUUUUGCGCAUACUUUCUCCUAAGCCUUGUGGCCUCUCCUUUUGUAUACCUGGGCUCGUUAUGUCUGUGGCUGGUUCUCUUGCCAGUAAAGAUCGUGCUCAGCCUCAAAGCGCUCUUAAUCUAUCUCGGGGUGGCUUCACUGGCUGGUGCUGGUGCGGCUUUGUUGCUAUACUCAAUAACGACCCUGGCUAUUGAUGCAUUAUUGAGUCGCGUUUCAAGCCCUCCAACUGUUGCCCGCCUCAAACCCAGGCCGGCGCAUCGUGCAAUCGAGGGUAUCAAGCGCGAACCCUCCAAUGGCUUUGCGGAAAGCGAUGACUUAUUAGCUAAUUGGGGCUGGAGUAUAGGCGCCAAUCCCCUGAAGAAGAGUGGAUUGGUGUCUGAAACGAUCUUGGAAGAAGAGAGCCAGGGUUCUGAGAUCUGAAUAGCAUCUUACACCCCCCGAUCUUACACCCCCCGCCAGCGUGUGGACUGAUCCGAAAAUUUAAGGACAUCAUAUAAGUCCCUCGAAUCAUCUCUUCUACGGUAGUAAAAUAGAUAAUGAAUAAUGG